CUGGGAUGGGCGACGCGAGGCUCUUCCUCUCUCCCCGGGAUGCAGCACCCGCCGAGCCAGCACCUAGACAGACAUCUUGACGUGACCCACCAUCCCUUCCCGCUCCACGCCACGACUCCAGCCCGAUCCGAGGGGCAGCUCGCUGCACCGCCGCGUCUCCUCUGCCAUCCCUCCCCCGCCGGCCCCGCUCCGCCGCCCCGGCCCCGCCGCUGCCCCAGGCCGGCCGUGCCCGUGGCCUUCUCCCCAGCCCCGGCGCGCAGGCGGCCCCGGCCGCCCGUCCCUCCGCCCCCCGCCGCGGCCCCACCUUUCCGCAGCCCCGCGGCCGCCGAGGAGCCGGAGCGGAGCGUCGGGCGCCGGCCGCAGCUGAAUCUUUCCACCAUGAAGCAGCUGCCUGGAGAGACAAUUCGGCUCCUUUCGAGUUCUCAGGUGAUUACUUCAGUUGUCAGUGUGGUAAAGGAGCUGAUAGAAAAUUCCUUGGAUGCCAGUGCUACAGGCAUUGAUAUUAAACUGGAGAAUUACGGGUUUAGCAAAAUAGAAGUAAGAGACAAUGGCAGUGGAAUCAAGGUUGAUGAUGUCCCAGUUAUGGCGGUUAAACACUACACCUCAAAAAUCAGCUCUUCUGAGGACCUUGAAAGGCUGACAACGUACGGUUUCCGUGGGGAAGCUUUGGGAUCGAUUUGCAGCAUAUCAGAAGUUUUGGUCACAACAAAGACAGCUGCUGAUGAUUUCAGCAUUCAGUAUGCUUUGGAUAGCAACGGACAUGUAACCUCUAAAAAGCCUUCCCAUCUUGGGCAAGGUACUACAGUAACAGUCCUAAAUUUGUUUAAGAAUCUUCCCGUAAGAAAGCAGUUUUACUCAACAAAUAGAAAAUGUAAGGAAGAACUGAAAAAAGUCCAAGAUCUACUGACAGCAUAUGGUAUCAUAAAACCAGACCUGAGGAUAACAUUUACACAUAAUAAGGCAGUUAUUUGGCAGAAGACCAGGGUAUCGGAUCACAAAAUGGCCUGUAUGUCAGUUCUGGGAACAGCCGUUAUGAGCAGUAUGGUACCUUUUCAACACUGCUGCGAAUAUCCUGAGAUAAAUCUUUCUGGAUUUCUGCCAAAAGCUGAGUCAGACACUUCUUUGACAAGUCUUUCUGGUUCAGAAAGGAGUUUCAUUUUUAUAAAUAAUCGUCCAGUUCUUCAGAAAGAAAUACUGAAGUUAAUUCGACAGUACUACAGUCACAUGACACAAAAGGACUGUACUCGUUUAUAUCCUGUAUUCUUUUUGAGUAUUACUGUACCUGCCUCUGCUGUGGAUGUGAAUAUAACACCUGAUAAAACACAAGUUUUGCUGCAUUAUAAGGAAUCUGUCUUACUUGCAGUUGAAAAUGUGUUGAAAUCACUGUAUGGGCCACUACCUGCUGCAGUCCCUGGUGAAAGUAAUAAAACAGAUGUUACCUCAGAAGACAUGUUUGUUCACAGAACAGACCAAACAGAUGUGGCUGCUAAUGAAAUGGGACCAUCUGGAAAUGAUGAGCUACAUGCUCAUACUUCAUUCCUUUCACUCAGCAGUGAUGUGCAAAACUGUCAAGCAGGAAAAAACGCAGAGAUCUGCUUAAAUCAUCAGACAUUUAGUGGUGAUAAUGUACACAGUUGCCUGGACAAAAGAGAGGUUUCUAAGAGUGAUGCCUUUCCAGACAGUUCCUUAAAUUUAUUGCGUGAGGAGGAACAGAAUGGACAGAAUAUGGCUGAUAUUCAAAGUAAUAGUGUUCCUGUGGACCCUGAGUCUAAAAAAGCCAAUAAGCAUAUUUUGAGUUCGGAUAAUAUUGACAAAAUAGAUAAGAAUGAGGAAUCCUUAGUCCUUAAGAACUUACCUGAGAUCUCUGCUGAUAGCUGGAGUAUGGGAAGUGCAUUUAAAGACAGUCUGGGAGACAAGCUGGAACCUGUUAAGAUCUUGAUUCCUGAAGUUGGAGGGACAGCUAAUAAGCAAAAUGAACACACUGGUGAAAAACGCAGUGAUCCACAAAGCUCAAAUCAAAGCAUAAAGAAAAAAAAUGUGAUAAGUGAAAAAUUUGGACAUGUGACAGCUUAUGACUUAAUUAAUAGCAAAAUAAUAAAGAAACCAAAGUCUGCAUUUGAAUUUUUCACACAUGAAUGUCGUCCAAAAUUGAUAGAUGAUAAUCCAAAGACCAGCAUGAAUGACAUCCUGCUGACAAUUGAAGAGCAGUGGAAGAAUUUGAAUGAAGAGGAAAAACAGAAUUAUGAAAUAAAAGCCAUGAAGGACCAGGAGCGGUACAACAGAGAGGUCAAGAAAGCCAAUGCACAGCCAAUGCACCGACCAGCAAAGGAGGCAGAAAAACACAAAGCCAAGCUGAAGAGCUCUGCAUCUGACCAGCAGAAGCUUGACAAGAUAUUUCACAACCAGAUUGAAAAGAAGGGGAAACUGGAACAGCCUGUGAAAAUUGUGACAGUGCCUUUUUCUCUGAGUUCCUGUAGACGUCACCUUCAGAGACAAGAGAGAAGUGUUUCAGAUGAACAUGAGCUUUUCCUGAUCCGUCGUCAGAGUUUUCCUGAUGUCUGGAUACUUGCUACUGAAAAAAAUGUCAAGUUGCUGAAUCCAUAUAGAUUGGAAGAGGCCCUGCUACGUAAGAGAUUAUUGGUGAAUCAUAAGCUUCCAGUAGAGAAACUGGACAAUCCAAUUGUGUUAACAGACAGUCUUAUUGGUGGAUCUCAGUAUAUGGCUGCUCUUUAUAAAAUGCAGAAGAAUUACCAGAGUUUCCGUGGAUCAGGUUAUUUGUCAGAUCCAAGGCUUGUAGCAAAUGGAUUCCAGAUAAAAGUGAUAGAAGGUGUUUCGGCUACAGAGAGUCAUCUGGAAAUAGAAGGGAUGGCAAAUUGUCUGCCAUAUUAUGGAAUUUCUGAUUUGAAAGAAAUUCUGAAUGCAGUAGUUAACAGAAAUGCAAAGGAAGUAUAUGAAUGUAGGCCUCUCAAAGUGAUAAAUUACUUGGAGGGAGAAGCAGUACGUUUAGCUCGGCAGCUGCCCUUACAUUUAUCAAAAGAAGAUGUGCAAAACACAAUUUACAGGAUGAAGCAACAGCUUGGAAAGGAAAAUAAAGGCUGUGUUCAUGGUCGUCCUUUUUUUCAUCACUUAACAGAUACUCCAGAAGCUGACAAGCACAACUCCAUGGAAAUUAUUCAGUAAAUGGAACAUUUUGUUUGGGGUCAUACUUCUCUUGCUUAAUUUUAAUCACUACUCUGUAACUUCAGUAUGUUUUGUGCAAAGCUUUUGUUUAAUGACUUUUCAUUGUUACAUGUUCACUUCCUAAAGACUUUAUUUAAAUAAAAAUGCUACUUGAAAACAGAAAAAAAUACUGUAGAAAACAACUCAUCACUAUUUUUUUAAAGAAUUUAUUAAAGAAAUGUUCUCAA